AAUACGCGCCACCCUUCUUCCUUCUCUCUCCUCUCCACUAAGCCUCUGUUUCUGCCGCCAUGGAUGAUAUCUCCGCUCAAAAACCAUACCCACCACCGCCGAAUCUCCGCCGAAGAAACUCCAUCGCGGUGCCCGUCGUUGUGCCAUCAAAACUAAACCUUUUCGCCUUCUCCGCCACCAAGUCCUCCGGCGGCUCAGCUGCAUCGCCGCCAUUGGCUUUCGAGCUCUUCCCGGUUAAAUCCUCCUCCCACUCCCUUACCUACACUUCUCUCAGAGACAUUUUGCCAUCUCCGACUUCCAUGAGCUCUCCCACCGCCGCCUCUGCAGCGAAUUCGGGCUUUGAGAUCUCGAUCCGCAACCGCCUCGUGAAGCAAGCGGCUUGGGCGUAUCUUCAACCCAUGUCUUCCUCUCCGGGAUCAUCAGGACCCCACCUCCUCCGCCGUAUCUGGCUCAGAUUUUCAGCUUGUCUAGGCUUCCUCAACCUGCACAUAAUUUCCAGUGUGACAAAGGCUUUGGAUCGGAUAUUUCGCGUUGUGGGGUUCAGUUUUGUCUAUUAAUGGUGGUCAAGGGGAAUACAAAUCAGCUCCUCCCUUUGACUGAAAUAAAUCGUCAUCUGUUUCUAUUCUGUUCUAUGUAUUAAUGAAUAUAUGCACAUACACCCCUAUGAGUACAGUCUAAGAAGAAGAAGAAAAGGAAAAAUUGGGAUGUAAAUGUUUGAUGAAAAGUUCCAAAAUGAAUCUAAUCUUUUAUCUUCCUUUGGUCGGGAGAGGGUUUGCA